AUAACUUGGCUAAAUUUUUAAAAUACAAUCGAUGUUUUUCCAGUGGACCGUGUGUUAAGAAGUUCUUGGACCUCUGCAGAAUGUCAGCAACUGAAGAUGGAGGUGAACGUGCACCGUUAAUUUCAAAAGAUCAAUACGGCAAGAGCCAUUCAACUCGUGGAAAGACAAAUACCAAUUGCCUGGUUUCUCGGUCCGAUGGAGCUUUGAGUCGUCGGCAAAGAAUCCUAAAUGCAUUGUGCAUUCUUGUAACAGAGUCAUGUGAGCGCCUGACCUUCUAUGGAGCAUCUGCGAAUCUAGUAUUAUUUUCUAAGAAUGUCUUAAAGCUUGAGUCACCUUGGCCAUCAACAAUCACUUUUUUCUUCCAAGGGACAUGUUACGUUACACCUUUGCUUGGAGGUUGGCUGGCGGAUGCUUACUUGGGUCGUUUCAACACUAUUUACGGAUGCUGUUUGUGGUAUUUGGUUGGGGUCAUGCUUCUUGCCACGGUAUCAAUUACUGAUGAUAUGCUGACCUCAGAAUUUGAUACAUUAGCGAGACUGGUGUAUUUUACUAUUGCCCUUGUGUUGAUAGCAUUUUGCGCGGGAGGAAUCAAGGCCAACGUAGCACCCUUUGGAGCAGAUCAGGUGAAACAGGAUGGUCCAAGGACUGUUCAGACCUUCUAUAGCUGGUAUUACUGGUUUAUUAACACGGGAGGCUUAGUAGCAGUUACAGUUGUAGUGGGAAUCCAGCAAUCAAACAUUUUCUCUGGUUAUGUUAUAAAUGCUGGUUCAAUUAUCUUUGGUCUGGUUGCAUUUCUUGCCUGUCGUAAUAAGUACUUGGUCAAGCCACCGGUGGGUAGUCAACUGACUGAAAUUUCCAAAAUAACCCUCAAUGCCAUUAAAAAUCGGAAACAGAACACUGGUGGCUGGAUGGAUGGAGCAAAGAGCAGAUUUGGAGGAAAGUUUAAUCAUGCAAAGGUUGAAGAUGUCAAGGCAGUCUUGAGAGUACUUCCAGUGUUCAUCACAUUCAUCUUUUUCUUUACAAUUUACCUCCAGAUCAGCACUUCGUGCCUUAUUCAAGGUGCUUACAUGAACCUAAAAUUGCAAAACUUGACCAUGCCAGCGACGUCGUCAAUAGCUGUUACUAUUGUCUUCGUUCUUGUACUGACUCCUCUUCUAGAACACGUUGUCUAUCCUCUCAUGGAACGCACGGGCAUUAAGCUGACUCCCUUGCGGCGCAUUGGUGCCGGCUUUCUGUCAUCAGCAGCAUCUAUGGUUGUUGCUGGUCUGGUUGAAAUGAAGCGACGAGAAGUAUGGCUAGGUGGUCAUGUCUGCACACAGGAAGUUUUAGGGGAAAUUCACAACGCUUCUUGUCUCAGCAUUUUCUGGCAAACACCUCAGUUCAUGUUGAUUGGAAUUGGUGAAGUGCUUGCAACUAUUGCGGGACUUGAGUUUGCAUACUCACAGGCUCCCGAGUACCUUAAGGGAGUGAUCAUGGGUGUGUUCCUCGCAGCCACCGGUGUUGGUGGUUACCUUGCAAAUCUUCUAGUUGUUGUUGUCAACAGCGAUUGGUACCCUGAGAAGGAUCCUAACCAAGGCCACAUGGAGUACUUCUUCUUCCUGUUGUCUGGUUUGAUGAUGCUAAAUUUUCUGUUAUUCCUAUACAUUGCGUCUUCAUACAAGUACAAAGUAUCGGCUCAGCUAGGUGACGAAAGUGAGAAAGAACAGCUUGAGCAUGAACUAACUGUUAGUACUCAAUCUAUGCGAUGCUGAUCGCUUUAUGUCUGCAUGCCUCAGCUAAGCUAAGGGGCAGAGUAGUUAGUUUUGUCUGUAUUUCCGCAUUGUUCACCGAACGAACCUUUCCGAAUAAAGCGCCAACGGGAAGCGAAGCUUCCCAUGCGAGGGGUGAGAAAAAGAAUAGGUAAUAGCGCUAAAAGUCUUUCUAAAGAACUGUAAGUGGAUUUUUGUCACUUGAUGAAGAUUUCAAGAGACGCAUCUGUCUGAUAACCAAUCAACAGGACUGCUAUUGCGCGAUAAAUUCACUGGUAAUACAGUCAAAGGUAAUUCCUCAUCUCCACGUGGCCGCAGAUUCUGCAUGAUCUGCACCCCUAAAUGUAAGAAGGUUUAAAUAGAAAAGUGAUAGUGUGAAUUUAUUUCAUCUAUCGCAAAAAGUCUACGCA